CUGCUAGCUAGAAAACUUGAUCACCAAAAAUGAAGUCUCUCAAUUUCUUCAUAGCUCUACUCUCCUUGCUUAGCCUUGCUACUAUCACCAAAUCACAGGACCCUUCUUAUCUCUAUCAUUCAUGCAGUACCAAGACAACUUACACGAGAAACAGCACUUACCAAGCCAAUUUAAAUCUCCUUCUUUCUUCACUUGUGCCCAAUGCAACCCGCAAUAAUCUUAAUGGAUUCUACAACUCCUCUAUAGGGCUGGACCCUGAUGAUGUUUAUGGCCUGUUUCUUUGCCGUGGCGACGUUAACAAAAAUGCUUGCCAGAAUUGUGUCGACUUGGCUGCCAAAGAGGCAAUCCAACGUUGCCCAGUUGAAAAGGUGGUCAUUUUAUGGUACGAUUUGUGCCUCUUGCGGUACUCAAACAGGGCUUUUUUCGCUACCAUGGACCAAGACCCAGGAGUGACCAUGUAUAACACUCAGAAUAUCACAUACGAACCUGAACGUUUUAACCGACUAGUGGCUACCUCCAUGAAUGAUACAGCCACUCGGGCUACAAAUACUACUUCAGGAGCUAAAAAGUUUGCAGCUAAAGAAGUAUAUUUUAAUGAGUUUCUAAACUUGUACAGCCUUGUUCAGUGCACACCGGACUUGUCAAGCUCGGAUUGUAAUCGAUGUCUUAGGAUAGCUAUUUCUAGUUUGCCCAAUUGUUGUAGCCAAAGGGCAGGAGCAAGAGUGCUGUAUCCAAGUUGUAAUAUUCGGUAUGAAACCUAUGAGUUUUAUAAUACAACAGCGGUGGCGGCAGAGUCACCACCACCUCCUCCGCCCGUGAUUCGUGCUCCUCCGCCCGAGAUUCGUGCUCCUCCUCUCUCUCCAGUGUCGGGAUCAAAAGGAAAAGUCCGUGUCUCAACAGUUGUAAUUAUUGCCAUUGUCGUUCCUGUUAGUGUUUCUGCUGCGCUUUUCUGCCUGGGUUUCUGUUUCCUGAGACGAAGGGGAAGAAAGAAUAGAGAUUCGGUGAAAGAAAAGGAGGUUGGAGAUGAGAUUUCAACUGAGGAGUCCUUGCAAUUUGAUUUGAGUACUAUAGAAGCUGCCACGAACAAUUUCUCCCCUGAUAACAAGUUAGGCGAAGGAGGGUUUGGUGAGGUUUUCAAGGGAACAUUUCCUAAUGGACAACACAUAGCUGUGAAGAGGCUAUCAAAAUAUUCUGGACAUGGUGCUGCAGAAUUUAAGAAUGAGAUCGUAUUGGUAGCCAAGCUUCAGCAUAGAAAUCUGGUCAGGCUAUUGGGCUAUUGCCUGGAAGGAGAAGAGAAGUUACUAAUCUAUGAAUUUGUUCCCAACAAAAGCCUCGACUACUUCCUAUUUGAUCCUGCAAAACAAGGACUGUUGGAUUGGUUAAGUCGUUACAAAAUCAUGGGGGGGCUUGCUAGAGGUCUCCUUUAUCUUCACGAAGAUUCCCGUCUCCGAAUUAUCCACCGUGAUCUUAAAGCAAGCAAUGUUUUGUUGGAUGGGGAAAUGAAUCCCAAGAUUGCAGAUUUUGGCAUGGCAAAGAUUUUUGGAGUUGAUCAAAGUCAAGGAAUUACAAGCCGAAUCGCCGGAACAUUUGGUUACAUGGCUCCGGAGUACGCAAUGCAAGGACAGUACUCUGUUAAGUCAGACGUUUAUAGCUUUGGGGUCUUGAUACUCGAGAUUAUCAGCGGCAAAAAGAACAGCAGUUUCUAUCAAUCAGACAAUGGGCUGUACCUUGUGAACUAUGCAUGGAAGCAAUGGAAAAAUGGGGCGGCACUGGAACUAGUGGAUCCAAGCUUAGGAGAUUCUUACUCCAGAAAUGAGAUCACUAGAUGCCUCCAUAUUGCCUUACUGUGUGUCCAAGAAGACCCAAACGAUAGACCCACAUUGACAGAAGUAGUUCUCAUGCUCACUAGUUUCUCGAUAUCGCUACCAUUGCCUCAAGAGCCGUCAAGCUUUGAGCAAAGCAUGACCGUCUCAAGCUUGCCAUUAACAGAGCUGGAGUCUGACCAGUCUAAUAUCAAGUCGACGCCUUUGUCCGUGAAUGAUGUGUCUAUCACAGAACUAUAUCCUCGUUAAUGCGAAGAAAACAGUCUCCCAAACAUGGAUGCAUGUUAGUUUAUACAGGGGAUUGGAGAACAAAAUUUAUGAAUGCCGUAAGGUCUUAAAAAUCAAACAAUUUAUUUUUGAUGAGCCUCAAUGAGAUGUAUUUCAAAACAAUAAUGCUGUUUCGUUAUGAUAUAUUCUCUUGCCAAAACAAUUCAAUGGAGACAGCUUGCUCUAGCAUUUUAUGAUUGUA